AUGCUCCGUUCUGCCCUCGUCGCCCAGCUCAGGCCCGCCGUCUCUCCUCGCAGUACACGCUCCUUUGUCUCCACCGUGCUUCUCACCAAAGCAUGGGAGAACGAGACCGUCAACGAGCUUAGGAAGGAAGCCCGCAAACGCGGUCUCCCCGCUGGCGGGAACAAGGCUACCUUGAUCACGCGCCUUCAGCAGCAUGAUAACAACCAGACCCUCUCGUCCGAGCCUUUCUCCGUCGCGCCUAAAGUCCGCCGCGCCUCCACCGUUGUCCCCGCCCCACCAACAGAGGUGCCCGGUGUACCUGCUUCGGCCGACCCGGUCCCGGUGCACCCCAAGUUCGACUUGAGCGUCCAGCUGCCCAUCCUGUCUGAGCCCAUUCCCGAGGCCCCCACUCCCAUCCCGUUUCUGCCCGAUUUCUGGGACUCUUCGAAGGUGAAGAGGGCGUCUGCUCCGCAAGAGCCCGAGCCGUCGACUAGACCCAAGGUCAUCACCGUCGCAGGAGCCAGCACGCACCACGGCGGUGGACCCUCGCACAACCUCUACGUCCCCAGCUCUUCCUCCGAGUCCGAGGCGUCCUCCGCGGCCCCGUCGAAGGCACCUACCUCCAUACUCGGGCAGCUCGCCGCUUCCAUGGCAGAGGACUUGAGCCUCCCUACUUCUUUCAAGCUCCCUAAGGCUCCGCAUGUGGAGUAUGAUCUCGCCCAGAAGACGGAGACGUCCGGCGGGCAGCACAAGAGCUACUCGCGGACGUUGGAUAGUGACGAGAAGACCGGCGCGUGGGUGCUCUUCGGCCUCUUCGCGGGCUCAUGGAUUGCUGCGGGCGUCUUUGCGCCCGUGUCGGAGUGGGCGCAGAAGGUGGAGAAGAAGGCGGAGGACGAGAAGGAUAAGGCUACGGGCAAAAAGCACUAG